AUGUGGGAGGGUGCUUCCGACGACCAGCACAGAGCCGCUGAGUCGAUGGAAGAUGGCGACCGGACGCUCGUGUCGGACCGGGACAAGGCGAACGCAUUCAACCGCACCUAUGCGACCGUAUCGAAGCAGGUGCGGGACCGGAAGGUGGACCGCGACACCAAAACCAGACUGAAGGCGUCCAACGUCAAGACGUGCCAUGAGUGCUGGGGGCGGAAGUCCGGCUACUGCUCACCGUUCUCCGAGGAGGAACUGACGCGACAGAUCUCGCAGGCGCAACUCAAGAAGUCGCCAGGCCCAGACGACCUGUGUAAUGAGCACAUCAAGCACCUGGGCCCGAGAGCGCGCGAAGUCCUCCUUCACCUCAUCAAUAGCUCGUGGCAGUCCGGCGUGGUCCCGCGGGAAUGGCGGCGCGCUGUUAUAGUGCCCAUUCCCAAGGUGGGAAAGGACCCAAGGAAGAUCGCGAGCUACCGGCCCAUCGCGCUGACGUCCCACGUAGCCAAGCUGGCCGAGCGGGUGAUCGCGACCCGUCUGUCACACCUCGCCGCCGAACGCAACAUGAUCCCACCCGAACAAGUCGGAUUCCGCGAGAAGCGGGGCGUCGAGGAUGUCGUCGCCCGGCUAACUCAGCAGGUCCAAGAUGGAUGGCAGCUCAAGCCGUGCCCGCCAUCAAGACGUCAAGUCCCGGACGGAGAAGCAGCCCAGAAGUAUGUCCUUGUGGCAUACGACUUCUCCCGCGCAUACGACCGGGUCGACCACCGUCUUCUGAGGGCGCGUCUUGCAGAGUUGGGAAUCCCGGCCUGCUACAACACCUGGGUGUGGGCAUUUCUCCGAGACCGGAGGGCCUGUGUCGAAGUCAACGGCACGAAGAGUGGCGAGCGCGUGUACAGGGCGGGCCUGCCGCAAGGCAGUGUCCUCUCUCCGACCCUGUUUCUGUUAUGGUCGGCGCCGCUCGUAGCAACGCUCAAGACCCUGCCCGGCACAACCCCAUUCAUGUUCGCCGAUGACACCUCGACGCUCUGCGCCGGCAACUCCAUCGCCGUGGCCCGGGACCGGGCGCAGCUGGCGGCCAACACGCUCGUGAAGUGGGCCCGCCGGAGUAAGAUGGAGGUCGCGGGUCAGAAGACGCAGCUGCUCGUCCUCUCCCAGAACCCCCGAGACGCCGUCGACUGUCACAUCCACGUGGCGGGUCAACUGGUGGAAGGGGGACCUGAGCUGAAACUUCUGGGAGUGACGCUAGACAGGACGCUGAGCUUCGGCCCGCACUGCAGAAGUCUCCGUCGGCGCGUCCGGCCCCGAGCGGCCCAACUCCGACGUCUCACCGGCCGCAGCUGGGGGUUGCAAGAACAGCAGCUGCGCGCCGUCGCAAACGGCUACGUGCGCGGCGCGAUAGAGCACGCGGCUGCUGCCUGGCUGCCGGCAGUGUCCAAGUCCAACAUCGAGAUCCUGGAGCGGGAGAUGCGCGCCGUGGCGAGGAUCGUCACGGGCUGCAUACACUCCGCACCACACCACGGUGUGACGGCCGAGGCUGGCAUGCUGCCUGUCGCGGCACGACGUACUGCGCUAGCGGCGCGUAUGUUCGCGAAGGCUGCCGCGCUCCCGCCAGAGGAUCCCCUCCGAGCGGUCGCCAUGGCUGACCCCCCUCAGCGCCUCAAGCUGGUCACGGGGUGGCGCCAAGUAGGCCGGGAGGCCCUGCGGGAGCUACGGGUCGAGCUGCCGGUUGAGGCCCUACUACCAGAGCGACCGCCACCGUGGACGCCCACCGGCAAGAUCACCUUCAACCUGAGCAUUGGCGCGCUGCCCGCCGGUCCGGCGAGGUCCACGAAGAGAGACGCAGCGCUCCAUCACCUGGCGUCCAUGACGCAGUGCGCGACGUGGGCGUGGACCGACGGCUCGUCGAGCGGCGGGAUCCUCCGCGGGGGGGCUGGCGCCCUCAUCGUCGGAGCUGAUGACAGCCGCACCGAGCUCCGUGUCCCAGCGGGCACACUCUGCUCCAGCUUUCGAGCGGAGAUGGUCGCCCUGCAGGUGACGCUGGACCACAUCCUGGAACACCAGCGGGACGCACCAGAACCAGUCGUUAUAUGUACCGACUCGCUGUCGGCGAUAGCGGCGCUGAGAGAGGGUCCGUCGGCACAGCGCUCGGCCAGAGGCGCUGCCAUAUGGAAGCAGCUACUGGAGCUCACCGCCGGAGACCGAACGGUCACCCUCCAGUGGGUUCCAUCCCACUGCGGGAUCCCAGAGAACGAGUCCGCCGACGCCCUGGCAAACGAGGCUGCGACGCUGGCACAAGAUGACGUCAUGCUCGAUGUAGACACCAUCUACCGAGCGGCAGUCCGCACCGCCAGAGACCGCGCCGCAAGGGACAGGCCGACAUACCCGGACCCCGACCGCAAAGCCGCAACGGGGUGGUACAGAGAGCUUAUGGGUGCAAGAUGGCCACCACCUCUCACCAACAUGGACAGGACGACAGCAGUAGACGUCCACCAGAUCCGCACUGGGCGCUGGAGCGGCUCGGCGCAGUUUCUCCAUUCCAUCGGACGAAACCCAUCUGCGGACUGCCCACAGUGCAGGAACCUCGACUGCCCUGCAGCUCGUUGCCCGCUGUGCGGCGAGCAAGCCGACACACCUCGACACAUCCUGCUGACCUGCCCGGGACUGAUGGGGGUUCGCCUCAGAAUCCCGGCGGUCGGCAACAUACUGCCGACGGUGGAGGAGGUCAGGCGCGGCGACACGGUGGCGGCCCUGGUGGCCGCCUUCAGGGCCCUCCAGAGCUGA